CUGCCAUUCUUCUCUGUUCUUCCGUUCUGUAACGGCGAGCGUUUCAGUUUCUCAUUUCUUUAAUCACAGCAUUAACCCCAGCCCCACUACUCUCCUCGCUCUCUGUAAAUUAAACACCAUAUUUAUCAUGAAGGCUAAUCGUUGGGAGCUUUCUACUAUAAAUAUGUUUCAUCUUUGCGGUGAAGAUCUCGAACUGCUAAAAAAAUCUCAAAAUCCAGACGUUCUAAUUUUGCAAUGGCUAAUUCCUACACCCUUCUUGCUGAUUUAAGGGCGGGGCGUUGUUCAAACACCGCCGAGGUCCGUCUUCUCCGGUUCUGGAAGGCUCGAAACACCAAGAAAGGAGGCGAGCUGAUGAGUGUCGACAUGCUCUUCGUGGAUGAACAGUCGACGCUUAUCCAUGGAACCGUGAAUGCGUCCCGCAGCCAGACGUACCGACAAGAUUUCAAUGAGGGAUCAAUUUACUCUCUUAGUGGAUUUGAUGUUACACGUAGCAACAACAAUUUUCGUCUGUCUGAUGCCCCUGUCUGUGUUCGCUUCGGCGAGGGCACAAGGUUCACUCGAGUUACUGAUUCUGACAAGGUCAUACCAACUGAGAUGUUUCGCUUCCGGAGCUACGACCAGCUAUUAGCACUUGCAAAUACGAACAGACAACUACCAGAUAUACUUGGUGAGUUAACUGCAAUACGAAGCACCAUCAGUGACGGACUACACGGAUCACAUCGUGUUAUGCUUACCCUCUGUGUGGAAAGGGGUUUGUCUGUAUGUGUUAGCCUGUUUGAUGGUUUAGCUUACGCAUUUCAUGAGAAGAUGACAAGCUACGGAGCAGAGCCAAAAGUCGUGUUGGUCACCAGCAUCAACCCUAAGAUAGUUGGGGGCCGGUUGUUCCUUAAUGGGACCUCUGCUACACAUGUCUACUUUGACACUGAGACAAAUGCUGCAAGUACACAGUAUGCCAAUUUGUUUGGAGAUGGCUUAAACCAGACGGGCACAUCGUCUAAGCUUCUUCAUGCCCAGAAGAUAGAACCCAUUACUGUUUCUGAGCUUAACCAGUAUGUCCUCACAGCUGAUCCUCAGACAAUCGAGUUCCUCUGUACCGCUAGAGUAACCGAUAUCCAGAGAGAAAAAGGAUGGUGUUAUAUUGGUUGCGCUAAAUGUACUAAGAAACUACUGAGAGAGAUUUCCUCUUUUACAUGCCUCUUUUGUGAUAACACCAGCGCUGUCGCUUCCCUUAGGUAUCGUGUGGAGUUAUCAGUGGCGGACCAGACCGACGAUGCUGUUUUUGUCGCCUUUGAUAUGGAGAUGGUUAAGUUAACCAAUAUCCAAGCUUCAGAAGCUGUGCAAAUUUUAGGUGUUGGUGUCGAUGCUCAUGUGGAAGAUGAGCUGCCUCAGUUUGUCGCUGACAUUGUCGGCAAGACAUUCACUUUCCAGCUGAAGUUAGGAGAGUUCAACUUCACUUCCAAGCACCAGACUUUCACCAUCUCCCGUAUAUUCACUGAGCGUCAGCAUGCUCCUCUCCCAGCCUUUGUAGGCGAUGGAGAUGACCAUGGUCCUGAUGAUGUGAUCCCUGUCCAGAAUCCAGUAGCACAUGAGGUCUCUCCUGAUACCAGUACUACUGUUAUUGAGCAGGCUGGUGGUGUUGCAGCAGUUACUGGUGAGAACCCCAAUGCCAACUAUCAGUCUUCUUCAUCUGCUGUUCCAGGAGGGCCUCUAGGUUCAAGCAAGCAGAUUGCCGACCCAAAUGAGAAUGGAAAAAAGAAGGCACGUUUGGAGUAGUUCCAUCUAGAGAACACAAAUCACCACUGCAUUAUCUUAUGUUUUUUUUUUUUUGUCGUCUUUUCCGUUUUGUUUUGCAAUUUCAGUUUUCAGCAACUUUAUCUAUUUUUAAUUAAACUCAGCGUGGUGGUUUGUUGUUUUAUCUAUUAGUGAAAGUUUUCUCAAUAUACAUAUUCUACUUUUA